AAAAACAAAGCAGCCCCACAUUUUCCCUCCCUUUCUCUGCUUCUCCUCUCUCUCUCUCUCUCUGCAUAUUCCAUGUGUUGGCUAGGGUUUUGGACUCCCGCUGCUGCUAUUUCUGUUCCUUGGCGAUGUCGCUGAGUUGAGCAGUUUGCGAUGCUCUGUUCGGGGAUAGAUUGAGCGAAGUUGGCGACUGAUGGCUCCGGGCAUAUUUGUUCGCAGGUGUCUUGAUGUUGAUUGUGUGUUAAGUUGUUUGGUUGAAAGCUGAGAGUUACUUGAGGAGCAAAAGGGAUUGGAUUGAACCACGCUAGGAAAUUGGAAGCAAAUAUAAUGGGAAAAGUUUCUCCAAAAGACAGGGAAUCGAAGACUCCAAAACAGAAAAGGCGGCUGAGAAACUCGAGCAACAAGUAUCUGAGGCCAGGUGCUCUCGCUCAGAUUCGGUAUAAUAAGGCGUCAGCCACCAAAUCUUGUACAGAUCUCGGCAAGAGAAGGGUGGCUGUGUUGGAUGCUCCAAAGACGGGCAGUGAUGUUGUGCUUCAAGAUACAGGUAUUCCUGGGAGCGCAUUGAUGGCAUCGCCAGUGAGGUUUGGAUUUACUCCGGCUGUUGGGCCUGCUGAUUUUCUUAACAAGAAUAAUUUGUUGAGAACACCAAAAACGCCUUGUGCUGAAGACUCUGAAUAUGAGUCCAGGCUUGAGUCUCUGCCAAUGGAUUUACUGGUCAAAAUACUCUGUCACCUCCACCAUGACCAACUCAGAGCAGUUUUUCAUGUUUCUUGGAGAAUUAGAAAGGCUGUUUUGAUUGCUAGGCAGUUCCACUUCAAUUACACCACUCCGGAUCGCUCUCGGCAAGAGAUGUUAAGGACAAUGACCCCCCUUCCCACGGAACACUGGCCAUUUGUAAGCAAGGGAGAUGGAAAGUGCGUUGGUAUCCCCAGCCCACAUACCCCUAAAGCACCCAGGCAUGGUCCCCGACCACCUCCUCGUUUCAAGUGCACAGAGAUGCGCCAAAUUGCUGCCGUUCUAUUCCAAGAGUCAUUUCCACCUAGGUGCGUCAUGCCUUCUGGGUUACCAAAGCCCCUAUGCAAAUCAUUGGCUUCCAAUCGAGUUCUGUUUUAUGAAGAUGAGUUAUGCCAGGCUGUUGCUCAGAAUAAACUUCGUUAAUUUUUUCAAGCAGUAAAUACCAUAUAUCCUAUUCUCCCAUCUUCCUUCCCCUUCUUGUGUAUAGUCUGUUUUCUGUUUUCUAGUAGCAAUUGGACACGGGAUGCAGUUUUGUAGUUUUGCUUGGGCGGGCUUGUGGUUCAUUUGGAUUUCAGGUUUGCUUUAGAAAUUGAAAGAUUGGGAGAUUGUUAUGAGAACUCAUAUAUCCAAACUGGUUACCUGUAUAGUUUACCCAUAUUAGUAUUUAGUGUUCAAGAGAUGGUACCUUAAAGUUGGGUUUUAAGUUUUUAUUUUCAGCAAAGAGUACUAUAUUUAAGGAUUCCAGUGAUUUCUUGUGUUGCCUGUCUGUUACAGCUUUCUUUU